AUACUUUACAAUUUAAAUAAUUAAUUUUUUGUAUAGUAUAAUCGGUCUUAUUAUAAAAUAAUGUAUUUUUUUGUUGUUUGGGGAGUUAUCAUUCUCGUAUCACAAGCGAUAUUAUCAAUCGAGAAUAAAAUGAGAUAACAGCGCUACUGGGAUCAAAGGAAUUAUAAUUAACUGUAACUAAAUAUAAUUUUAAUAUAAAAAAACAGGCUACGGAUAUAAAAUAGAUUUCCGAUGAUUUUCAUCAUUCAAUGCAUAUUUGUGUCGCGUAAUUCGAAAACUUGUUAUCAUUCUUGUGUCGCAUGCGAUAUUAUCGAUUCAGAAUGGAAUGAGACAACAUUUAUCUAUCUAAAGAAUUAAUAACAUCACAAUGUAUGCUCCUCCAAAUCAUUCAAUUUUUGUCUGAAACAUUUCUCUAAUGUUAUCAAAAAUAAUAUAUAAAUAUAUAUCUUUAGAAUUAACUUCAGAAACCUAAAUACUAUACAAUAAAAAUAAAAUAAUAAAACUAGGAGAAAAUACGUACAAUAUCCAUAUAAAAACAUAAAAACCUACCUAAUUUAAAUUAUACAUAUUCCUACAUGUGAAAAAUUACACGCAAAAUAACUCGAACAUGUUGGUUCCUUCGAAACGAAGCUUCCAUAUUUGAAACUCCACAAAGCACAAUUGAAAUUGUCCUCGAAUCGACGCCACGACUCGAUCUCGAUCGCGUUCACCAUUCAGUUGAAAUUCACGGCCUUCCUCUGUCAUGGCCGCGACUCUCCGGUGUGCCGGGGCUCGCAUCGCUAACCAUAACGAAUACACAGCGGAGGACGAAGAAGAGGAACGUAUCGCGGAACGCGGUGGAAAGGUCGGGGCACAUGGUGGCCAGCGACGCGGGUAUCGCGUGGCUCGUCCGCGAGGCAAUGGACGGCCGCGGAAGGAUCAAGCUUAGGAAGCUUUCACGCAGCCGUAUGUCGCGGGCCGCCGUUUCCGCUACCAAGCUGAAGCAGUGCGUCAGAAAACAGCCGGCUAAAAUAAGGAAAUGCAUGUGCCUGCCAUCCAAUUACGCCCUCGUUGAAUUCCCCUUGGUCUGGUCCGAGCUUAGAGCAAACCAACAACUGUGCGAUGGUGCAAUAAGGUGUGCCACAGGCCACGUUUUCCCGGUGCAUCGCGCUAUUUUAUCCGCGGUCAGCCCAUAUUUCAAGGCUCUCUUCACCAACAGCCUGAAAGGCGGGAAGACGGAAACCACGGAGGUCGCGAUUGAUUCGGUCCCCGGGAAAAUUUUCAGCCUGAUCCUCGAUUAUGCUUACACUGGCACAUGCAACGUGAACGCCGACAAUGUCGAACAACUUUUACCCCUCGCCGAUCAAUUCGAGGUCCUGGGUGUUGUUCAGCUCUGCUGCCAGUUUCUUUUGCAGGAGCUUCGCCCGGAAAAUUGCUUAGGAAUCUUCAAAUUCGCUCGUCACUAUUUCUGCCGCGACCUAGAAGAGAAGGGCCGGAAAUACAUUCGCCAUCAUUUUAAGCGGAUACUACAAGAGAGCCCGGAAUUCAAAGAGCUGACGAGCAAGGAACUUGAGGCGAUUCUACGUGACGACGAGUUGAACGUUAAAAACGAAGAAAUAGUUUUCGAGGCCGUUAAAACCUGGCUCGAGCAUAACGUCGAUGAAAGAAGGCCUUAUUUACCCAGGCUCUUGAAAUGUGUGCGCUACGGUUUGAUGAGCUACAACUUCUUCACGAACAAUGUUCUCACGUGGAAGAUUAUCGAGGAGGAUGAAUCAUGCCAGCAAGUACUAGCUCCCGCAAACCAAUACCUAAAAGAGCAGGAAGCGAAACAAGGGAGUGGCGAAAUUGAUUUGAACAAUCCCCUGGCUAAACCUCGUAUCCCUUACGAGAUCCUGUUCGCGAUCGGUGGCUGGAGUGCCGGUUCCCCGACGAAUUUUGUGGAAACCUACGACACGAGAGCUGACAGAUGGUUUCUAUCAGUGAGCACGGACGCGACACCGAGGGCCUACCACGGCCUGUGCACGUUGAACAAUUUGAUCUACAUGAUCGGCGGGUUCGACGGCAACCAGCACUUCAACACGGUCAGAUGCUUUGAUCCAGUGACGAGGGAGUGGCGUGAACGGGCGUGCAUGUAUCACGCGAGGUGUUACGUCAGCGUUUGCACCCACAGAGGAAAGAUAUACGCACUCGGCGGGUACAAUGGCCGCACCAGAAUGAGCUCAGGGGAAAGAUACGAACCGCAAAGGAACCAAUGGGAGAUGAUACCGCCGAUGCACAGGCAGAGAUCGGACGCGAGCGCUGCCGCCUUGCAGGACAAGAUUUACAUCGUCGGCGGUUUCAGCGGUCGUGAAGUUCUGAAUUCCGCGGAGGUAUUCGACGUGGAGACCAAUCAGUGGACCUACAUCCAUCCUAUGAUCAAUCCGCGGUCUGGUGUCUCUUUGGUCGCGUUUCGAGACAGCCUUUAUGCGUUGGGUGGCUUCAACGGCUUCAUCAGGCUUAGCUCUGGGGAGCGUUACAAUCCGAAUCAUUCGGAGGAUUGGCACGCGGUUCCAGAGAUGUUCAGCCCCCGCAGCAAUUUCGCCACGGUCAUUUUGGACGACAUGAUAUUCGUCGUUGGUGGAUUCAAUGGCUCGACAACGAUUGCAUACGCGGAAUGUUACGAUGCGGACAGCAAUGAAUGGUACGAUGCAUCACCGAUGAAUUUGAAUCGUAGUGCCUUGAGUGCAUGUGUAAUCUCUGGUCUCGCGAAUGCACGUGAAUAUUCUUAUCACGGCAAAGCGCGAGAUCUUGGUCAAGGUCAAGCUUCGUCAGAGAAUCAACAGAAAACCAUCCAGGGCGGAGAGGGUGCAGUGGAAACGAAUGCCAAUAUUUCCACCGAAGAAGAGGAGACGGUGAACUUCGAUGAACACGUUCAAAGGGAGGUGAUCCCUAUGAACGAGAUGGCUGAAAGUGUCGGCAAUUAUUUAGGAUAAUUCUACGACACUGUUCAGCGCGCGAGAUAGAAUUUUCAAAAUUUCAAAAAUAUAAAAAAAAACAGACAUUAUUUCGGAAGAUGAUUGUUUCACGAAUACGCAAGAUUUUUCUAUCGCCAUUUUAUUAAAAACACUAUGAAAAAUGGCAAAAAAAUUCAAUUAUAAUGUUUAACAUGUGUAAAAUAAAUAAUAGUUUCAGUUGAAAAAUAUUUCGAAGGAAAGUUACGUAUCUUUCAAGAAGAUGUGAAUAUUUUAGAAUAUACACGAUUAAACUAUUUUUUUUUUUUAAAUUUAGAAAAAUACAUCACUGCCCUAUCUUCUUGAAAUCGUUCAACUUUUAUCAGAAUAUUUUUCAUCGAUAAUUAUUAUUUAAAGGGAAAAAUCAAGAUAUAGAUGGACAAAUUGAACUGGAAAUUAAAACUUUCUGCUCGAAGAAAUGUUCAUAUGGCGAUGUAAAAUUCUGAAAUAUUCGUGAAGCAAAAGAAAAAGGAAAAAAAAGAAAAAAAAAAGUUUGAAAGAAAUAAAUUUAUAGGGAUAAAUAAAGGAAAAAAAAAUUAAUAGACAGGACCAGAGGCUUAGGAAAUAAAAACAUGGUAGGUAUACAGAAUUUAUCAAGUUAACCAUUUUUUUUAUAUCUAGUUUUACGAUAAAAAUUUGUCGCGUAAAGCCUUUACGCGGGUUUUAACGAAAAUUAGGUCUUUCAAUUUUUAAUCGAAAAUCGCAAUUUUGUAAGUGAUAUUAUUUUUCUGUUAAGCUAUUAUUUAUCUUUUUUUUUUUUUCAUUUUUUUUUGUCUUCUUUUUAUGGAGGACUUGCGCCUCGUGAAAUUUUUUUCAAGGUUUUCCUAUCCACGAGGAUCAUGGAUUUUAUCGAUUUUCGUAUUAGCGAAUAACUUAUGAAUUUUAUUGUGGCUUUGACAAAUUUUUUUUUUUCCUCUCGUUAAGACGUUUUUUUCCCCUAACCGAGAAGUGCGAUUCGAAAUAAAAGAUACACAUGCACGGUUGUUUCAAUUCUGGCGUGCCAGAAUUUUUUUGUUUCCCCCUUUUUUUUUUCCUCUUUCUUUUUGAUUAAUAAUUAGUCGAGUCUAAAUUGUUAUUUUUUGAUGUAUACGUUUUUUCUUGCCCCUGCACGUGUAUCUCAUAUAGCACGAUUAUUCUUUUUUGGACGAGAUCCUGUGCCUUGGUCUGUUAUUUUAAUCGAAUAAAAUUUAUACCGAUUAAGAACA